AGUAUCGUCGUCAGGAGUCAGUGUUCGGUGUUUAGUUGUGUUGACAAAAAUAGUGUCGAGGUGGGGACAAAAAGGGACCAAAAACUUCAACUAUCUUGCUGUAACUAGGUUAACUGAACGAGAUGUCAAGCAAAACCACUGAUCCUUCUCCCGAGUCUAACAAGAGGAAGCAACCCUGUGAAAUCAUCGCUUGGGUGAAAAAGCGAAAGAUGUUGCAUGGCGAUGAAUCUAGUUCAGUGCUGGAUUUAAUGACUCCAUGGAUAUCACCAACGGUGUCAUCAAAUACGAGCAGUGACCUAAAAAAAGCCGGUUCAAACCAGAGGGAUCACAGCUCCUUGCUAGAGGAUAAAAAUUAUGAUGCUACUGCAAAUGUAGUAUGUCAGAAAUGUGUCAAGUAUGAACGCUUAUCAAAGAUGUACAGACAGCAGGUAGAAAGAAAUAAGGCACUGGAAAAAGAGUUGAAACAUUAUAAGGAUGUUUCUGAUGCUGGGAUUUUGGUGCAGUCACUAAAGAGCAUUCACGAUGACUUUGUCAAGUUCUCUUCCGCUUACAGUUUUGAGGAAAGUCAACUGCCGCAAGUUCAGGAGCCGACUACAGUUUAUAAAUAUGAGACCAUGCCUUCAGCAGAGCAAUAUGAAGAAAUUACCAAAGUUGACAUUGGACGGGGUAUUCUGCUCGACGAAACCAGUCUGUUGGCAUUAGCGAAUGUAAAGUCUGCGACUUCAUAUGCUCGAUGCCUACUACAACUUGUGUUUGAACCACAUGAGUUAAUAGGGAAGAGUCUUACUGGAAAGAAAUCAAAUGCUUUCAAGGAUUCCAAACCGAAGGCCGGGCUAGAUCCUUGUAAAGUUGAUGCUGUGGUUGAACACGUUUGCCAGAAAUAUGGCCCAUCGAUUCAUGCUUCAGCCAUCAGAGCAUCGCUUGCAAACAAACUUAAAGAACUGAAUAAAGUAGCAAAUAGUCGGAAAAUGGCGCGGGCAUCAGGCUUCAGACAAUUCGGGCAGCAGGUGGUGAUGUUUCAGCAAGAUUCUAUGAAUGGCUUAUAAGUUAAAACUAUCAGUGUCACCAAAAAAGGGAGAGAGAGAGAUAGAGAGUGUGAGAGAGGGAGAGAGAGAGAGAGAGAGAGAGAGAGAGAGAGAG